GUAAGCGCGACGCUGGGCAACAAAAGACGCGUCGGUUGCCACGCGCUACCAUGUGACGACGCUAAGCGCUGCAGCCCUACGAAGCUACCAAAUAGCUCUCCACUCUUUGCCGCAUCUUCGCUGAACCACCGCGCAUGGGGCCUUCACUCUGCCUCACCACCCAACAAAUCUCUUACUGCCAAAAUGCCACCCGCCGGUGAGCCGAGAAAGCCGGACAUCUCCGCUGCAGCAAAGGAGCGCAACGAGUAUAUUCCUUCCUUCAUUUCGAAGAAGCCAUUCUAUGCAAUCGAUGAGAAUGGCAACGACAAUGGCGACGAUUACCUCGAGCAUCAACGUCUGCAGAAGCAGGAGAAGGACUCAACAUGGUACGAUCGAGGAAGAAAGCUUGGGCCGGCGGCGACCAAGUAUCGCAAAGGUGCGUGUGAGAACUGCGGAGCGAUGACCCACAAGAAGAAGGAUUGUCUUAGCAGGCCGCGCAAGGCAGGCGCAAAGUUUACGGGCAAGCGCAUCGAAGCGGACGAAGUCAUUCAAGACGUGCAACAAAGCUGGGACGCCAAGCGAGAUCGGUGGAACGGGUACGAUGCGUCAGACUUCAACCAGGUCAUUGAAGAGUACAAUGAGUUGGAAGAGUUGCGCAAGAAGACCAAGAAGGCUGCGGAAGGCGACAAGUCCGAUGACGAGGAGGACGAAGGCGACAAGUACGAUGCAGAGACGGACAUGGGCAGGAAGCAGGCAACAUCUACAAGGAACCUCCGGUUACGUGAGGACACUGCAAAGUACUUACUGAACCUUGACCUCGACUCGGCGAAGUACGACCCUAAGACACGAUCGAUGGUGGACAGUGGCGCGACUUCGGACAAAGCAGCACAACUGGUGGCAGAAGAUGGGUUUAUGCGUGCAUCCGGUGAUGCUGCAGAGUUUGAGAGAGCACAACGCUAUGCCUGGGAGACACAAGAGCGAGGAGAUAAGAAUAAGCUCCAUCUGCAGGCGAACCCUACGUCUGGUGAAGUCAUGCGGAAGAAGCAGCUCCAGGAAGAGGAGGAGCAGAAGAAGGCUAAGGCCAAAGCUCUUGCUGAAAAGUACGGCACACAAGAGAAGUUCACCGACGAGUCAAUACGUAAGAUCGCAGUCACCGAGAACGAACGAUAUGUCGAGUACGACGAGCGAGGUGGUAUCAAGGGCGCACCAAAGAUCAAGGCCAAGUCGAAAUACGCAGAGGAUGUCUUUCCCGGAAAUCAUACAUCAGUCUGGGGCAGUUGGUGGGCAAACUUCCAAUGGGGUUUCGCAUGCUGUCAUUCCACGGUCAAGAACUCUUACUGUACUGGCGAGGCCGGCAAAGAGGCUUUCGAGAAAGCAGAAGCAAUGCGAACAGGCGCUGAUCUCGAGGAGGUUCCGAGGUCGAUUGCAUGGAAAGAGGAAGAAGCUCUCGAGGAGCACGUGCCUAAUGCCCCUGAGAGGGAUCAGAAGGCGAAGCAAGACUCGGCCAGUCGCAAGCGAACCAUAGCCGAGAUGACCAACGACGUGGACGAGGAGGAAAUGGAGGAGUACAGGCGGAAGCGCACAACGGCAGCAGACCCCAUGGCCGCAUACCUGACGGGGAACAUGGCCGAUGCAUUCCUGAUGAUCGAAUGCGUUGUCCUGCAGAGUGCAGUGCUGAUCGGUGUAAUGCAGCUAGGGUUCGAGGCUUCCGUCUUCCCCAUAUGCACUUCUCUCCCACCAUUACAGAUGCCAACUCACAAAGAAACCGAUUACACAUGCAGCCGCGCGUAUGCGUUGUAUAACGACAGCUCUGGACAGGCAGCGACGACCGUCAAGAUGGCGCUCUAUGGAUCCAGCAGGAAUGUUGACAUGGGAAAGCAAGAAUCAGAGCUCGCUAUCAACAUUCGUAAAGCAACCAGCAUCGAGGAGGUCUCACCGAAACGCAAGCAUGUUCGAGCAUGUAUCGUGUACACAUGGGACCACAAGAGCUCCGCCUCGUUCUGGCAGGGCAUGAAAGUGCAGCCAAUCCUCGCCGACGAGAUCCAGACAUUCAAAGCGCUUAUUACAGUACACAAGGUUCUCCAAGAAGGCCACCCAAUCGUGCUAAAGGAGGCGCAAUCCAACACUAGCUGGCUGGAGAGCUUGUCGCGGGGCUCCACAGACGGAGCAGGUGCAAGAGGAUAUGCGCCACUCAUUUCAGAGUACAUUUAUUAUCUCAUGGCCAAGCUUGCGUUCCACCGACAGCACCCGGAGUUUAACGGCACUUUUGAGUACGAGGAGUAUAUCAGCCUGAAGUCCAUCAACGACCCCAACGAGGGAUACGAAACCAUCUCAGAUCUCAUGACACUGCAGGAUCAGAUUGACGCAUUCCAGAAGCUCAUCUUCUCACACUUCCGAAGCGGCGCCAACAAUGAGUGCAGGAUAGCUGCGCUGGUGCCGUUGGUCCAGGAGAGCUAUGGUAUCUACAAGUUCAUCACCAGCAUGCUGCGUGCUAUGCAUACCACACUGGGUGAUGAUGAGGCGCUCUCCCCCCUUCGUGGCAGGUACGACGCCCAACACUACCGCCUCGUCAAGUUCUACUACGAAUGCUCGAAUCUCCGAUACCUGACAAGCUUGAUCACGGUGCCCAAGCUCCCUCAAGACCCGCCGAACCUCCUGUCCGAAGACGAAUCGGCACCUGCCCUGCCCGCGAGACCGAGGACAGAGAAGGUCCCAGAACCUGCUCCUGCACCGCGCGCACCAUCUGUCGACCCCGAGCCGAUCAACGAGUUCUGGAAAAAUGACCAGAAGAGACAGCAGGAGCAGUACGAGGCAGAACAGCUGAGGUUGCAGCAGCAAUGGGAGGAAGCACAGCGCCAACAGCAGCAAUUGCAACUGCAGGCGCAAAGAGACUUCGAGGAGCAGCAGAGACUACAGGCGGAGCAAGCCCGUCUUGCGCAGGAGCAGCUUAUGCGUGACCAGUACCAGCAGCAGACACAGGGCCGCCUUGCGGAGCUCGAGCGGGAGAACCUCAAUGCGCGCGCGCAAUAUGAGCGCGACCAGCUCAUGCUGCAGCAAUAUGACCAGAGGAUGAAGGCGCUUGAGGGCGAGAUUGCACAGAUGAACCAGAACUUCUCUUCGCAGAUGGGUUCUCGUGAUGAGCAGCUCCGAGCGCUACAAGAGCAACUAAACACAUGGCGAUCGAAGUACGAGUCGCUUGCGAAGCUUUACUCUCAGCUACGACACGAGCAUCUGCAGCUUUUGCAGAAGUUCAAGGCUGUCCAGCUCAAGGCCAACUCUGCACAAGAAGCCAUCGAUGCCCGCGAUAAGCUUCAACGAGAGCUCAAGACAAAGAACCUCGAGCUGGCAGACAUGAUUCGCGAGCGCGACCGCGCGAUGAUGGAGAAGGAUCGCAGCUCUGGUGGUCACCGCGACGAACUGGAGAGGCUCAAGCGCGAGCUGCGUGAAGCUCUGGACCGAGUCGACAACGCAGAGCGAGGCAAGGGCUCCGAGCUGUCUGCCAUGCUGUCGCGACACAACCGUGAGAUCGCGGAUCUGGAAGAAGCUUUGCGUAACAAGACACGCCAACUUGACCAGCUGCAGAUGAAGCACCGCGAAGGAGACUCGGAUCUGGAGCGUCUGCUGCGCGACAAGGAAGAGGAGCUGGAGAUUUUCCGUGCCGGCAUGGACCAGACAUUGCUCGAGCUGAAUGAGCUCAAGCUGAACGGUAAUGCCAACGAUGACGUUCUCGAUGGACACCUCGACACCAUUAUGCAGGACAGCCUACAGAAGAUCAACGACAUCAUCGACUCCGUUCUGCAGAGUGGUGUACAGCGUGUGGAUGAUGCUCUCUACGAGCUGGACUCCUCGAUGCAGGCUGGUAACCAGAACGCGACCGGUCCCUACGUGCUUUCACAGAUCGAGAAUGCAUCGACAAGUACCAUGGAGUUCUCGACUGCCUUCAACAACUUCAUUGCGGAUGGACACAACGCAAAACACACCGAAGUGAUCAACGCAGUCAACAACUUUGCCGGUUCAAUCGUGGACGUUCUCAUCAACACCAAGGGUCUGACAAGAUUUGCUUCAGACGAGAACAAGGCUGAUCAGCUCAUCAACGGAGCACGAGCCUCCGCGACCUCGACCAUCAGAUUCUUUCGCAACGUUCAGUCGGUACGGAUGUACGACCUCGAUGCUGAGCAGAAGAUCGAUGUGGUCAUCAACAACAGCUCCGAGGUCGUUCGCAACUUGCAGAGUUUGUCUAAGCUCGCGGACGCCUUCGCACCCAAGAGCAAGCUCAACACCAACGGAGACCUUGGCGAAGUUGUUGACGACGAGCUGACGAAGGCUGCGAAUGCUAUCCAGGCUGCUACUGACCGCCUCGCCAAGCUGAAGAACAAGCCGCGGGACCAGUACUCUACCUACGAGCUCAAGAUUCACGAUUCAAUCCUUGAUGCGGCCAUCGCAGUCACAAAUGCCAUCGCACAGCUCAUCAAGGCAGCCACAGCCUCACAGCAAGAAAUUGUCCGUGAGGGUCGCGGCAGCAUGUCCAAGACCCAGUUCUACAAGAAGCACAACCGCUGGACAGAAGGCCUCAUCAGCGCAGCCAAGGCCGUAGCUACCUCGACAAACAUGCUCAUCGAGACCGCUGAUGGUGUCAUCUCUGGCCGCAAUUCGCCCGAGCAGCUCAUCGUCGCGUCUAACGACGUCGCAGCUUCCACUGCUCAGCUUGUCGCUGCUAGUCGUGUGAAGGCCAGCUUCAUGAGCAAGACCCAGGACAGGCUCGAGACUGCGUCAAAGGCCGUCACUGCUGCUUGUCGUUCGCUUGUCAGGCAGGUGCAGGACAUUAUUGCCCAGAAGAACAGGGACGAUGGUGAGGUUGUGGAUUACACCAAGUUGAGUGAUCACGAGUUCAAGGUUAGGCAGAUGGAGCAGCAGGUCGAGAUUCUGCAGCUCGAAAACCAGCUCUCGCAAGCUCGCAUCAGGCUCGGCGAGAUGCGCAAGCUGUCGUACCUCGAAGAGUAAGCUCAUCAUAUCGAACGCUCAUACGUACGAGCUCAUAGUCAUCCUUUUCUUCGUAGAUAGUUUCUGUGUCAUUGUUCAUCAUCGUUUGGCGGAAGGUCAAGUGUCAGGGAAGAGAUGGAAGUCACUAGGGGUAUUUACAAGGCCUGAAGAAGCACAGGCAUGUUGUUUAUUGCCUACAUCAAUACCAUAUAGUUUAUCCCACCCUUC